CUUUCAGUUUCAGUCGCUCUGCUACUAAGUUGCGUCUGUAUUUCUCCAAACGUUUUUUCAUAAGGAACAUUCAUUAUUGGCUCGUCACAUGCUGACGUAUCCCGGUCGCAGCACUGCGGUUUUAUAUUUGAGAAUAAAACAACUGAUAUAAAACUGAUAUUUAGUUGGACGUAAUCUUACGUUCGGCUCCUGAGUUAAACACCAAAACAUCUUCGUGCUCAAACAGGGAAAACGGGAAACCGCAGCAAGAAUAAAGCAACGAGAGCGCGAGGAAACCGGAGAGGAGGGGCGCGCGCGUGCGUGCGUUUCCUCUCCGCAGCAAGAAUCCAUUGAGAGAGAGAGAGAAAGAGAGGGAGAAGAAAGGAAAAGCAGCAGCUCCACGCCACUCCUUUGUUUUAGGAAAUCGCUUGAAUCGCUCGAAGGACUGGAAUGAUGCAUCGCGUUUCUCUCGCGUUUUCCCGCGACGCCUGUUUUUAAAGGCGAACUUCAUGAUUUAGCGUUUGAUUUAGUGGCGUUUGAGAUCUGAAACCUUCAGACGCAUUAAGCGUUUCCUUCGCGUCGACCGUCCAUGUGUUUAGAUUUUGCGCUUUCUGUCUCACAUCAGAGGAUAUUCUGACGCGUUCUGACGCUCGGAGGUUUUUCUGCUCGUGGUUCGAGUCUGUUAUUCGCGUCCAGGCCCGAGAUAUUCGCUACUCUUCAAAGGCCUUUAAUGCGGCACACGCGCGUCACUCUGUAACGGGUUUCAACGCGUCAGAUGAGCGUCAGUUCUGAUCGCUGAUCCUCUGCCAGAACAUCUCGUCUUCGUUAUUCGCUCUUCAUACGCAACAUCUGCGGCCCACUUCAAUGUUAAUGUCGACCGACGUCGCAUCUGUAAUGCUGCCCGUGAGCCGCGGGAUCCUGGAGCGCGAGAGGGAUCUGGACUCGGGUUCGGCGGCGGUUCGGGGGAUGAAGCGCGGGGACCCGGAGCCGGAGGGCGCAGCAGCGGCGGGGGAUUCUGUCGGUGCUGAGUGCAAACGAGCGCGGAUGGACGGUACCGGAGAGAUCGGACAGGGUUCACAGGACACGAUGGGAGCUCAGGAGGGCGUCGUCACUCCGUUCUCCUCCUUCCCUCCCCCGCCGCCUCCUCCCCCUCAGAACGGCCUGGCGCUGGAGUUUGGGGGGGGCAGUAUUUACCCCGCAGGGGGGCAGACCGAGGCCCCGGCAGGAGUCAGCAACACCUCCUCCUCUAACCCCAGCACUCAACUGUCAGAUGGGUCUCCUCAGGCAGAAGGUCAGUGUGUUUCUGCCGGCGGUUCGGGCAGUGAAGAGUCCUCAGAGGCCAAAGGAACCCCGAAACGGCUCCAUGUUUCCAACAUCCCCUUCCGCUUCAGAGACCCAGACCUGCGGCAGAUGUUCGGGCAAUUUGGAAAGAUUCUUGAUGUGGAGAUAAUUUUCAAUGAGCGGGGCUCAAAGGGUUUUGGUUUUGUGACGUUUGAGACCAGUGCAGAUGCAGAGAAAGCGCGAGAACGUCUCCACGGGACCAUCGUGGAGGGACGAAAGAUCGAGGUCAAUAACGCUACAGCUCGAGUGAUGACCAAUAAGAAGUUGGUUAGCCCGUAUGCUAACGGAGAAGGUCUCAGCACGCUGCCCUACGCUGGGUGGAAAUUGAGUCCCAUGAUGGGCGCGAUGUACGGACCGGAGCUCUAUGCAGUUCCAGGGUUUCCGUAUCCUACUGCCGCCUCCGCAGCUGCCGCUUCUGCCGCAGCAACCUUCAGAGGAGCUCAUCAUCUGCGGGGUCGCGGCCGGCCGGUCUAUGGAGCCGUGCGCGCCGCUGUUCCUCAGCCCACCAUACAGGCCUAUCCCGGAAUAGUGUUUCAGGACACUCUGGUUAGUAGCAGAAUGCCUCAGAGCGGCUAUACUGCGUAUCGCUACACCCAGCCGGCGGCCGUAGCGAGUCCAACGGCAGCGGCGGCGGCAGCGGCGGCCGCCUACAGUGACAGCUACGGUCGCGUGUACGCGGCAGAUCCGUACGCGGCUGCAUUAGCGGCAGCUCCGGCGGCGGCAGCGGCGUAUGGAGUCGGAGCGAUGGCCACUCUCUACAGAGGAGGAUACAGCCGGUUUUCGCCAUAUUAACACCUUUAAUACACUUCCAGAUUUUCGGUCUCUCUGAUACUUCACCAACAGCUGCUGACCUUGGAGGGAAAAAUCAAAUCACACUUUUGGACAAAAAAAAAAAAAAAAAGCGAAACUUUCGCAUCUGUUACAAACUUUGAAUAAGGAAUGCAACUCUAAAUCAGUACAUCAAAGAAGGUGGAUUUUUUUUUUUUUUUAAGGAAACCUGACAACAUUGAACACUAAAUUGUAACAGAUCUCUGACUGAAACUGCUUUGACUGAGAAGCGCAAAUCAUUUCUUCCUUUGGCUCGUCUCUCUGCACAUAUGCAUGCAGUAACGGCUCUAGACUGCCUCUAGUGGCCAUUGAACUACAUGUGCACAGAGUGUCAGGACCGCAGUGAACAAGUUUAUGUCACCCUUCACUGUUUCACACUACAAUAAUGAUCAAUAUUCUUUAAGAAAUAUAGACAUUCAUCUGGACCGCUCUUGUCUCCGUUUUAAGGAUCAUCUUGAAAUACGUGGAUCCCAUCAGCUCUGUACGGGAGGACGAUGCUAUUAUCCCAAAUACAGCAACAUGAUGAGAGACUACCAUCAUGGUCUUCCUUUCUUUGGAAAGAUCAUGGAUGAAAGGCAACUCCAACAGCUGUUACAAAUCACUGAAGUGUGAUGCACACGAACGGGACGAUGUGUCAUAAUAAUCCGUCUUGCUGAAAGCUUUGUGUUCUUUAAACAGUACCUCCGUUCAGACCAUUUUCAAGAGGCGUACCUUUAAAAUUAAAUAGUCAUUAUAUGCAAGUAAACUAGAAUAGACACAAAAUUUUACCAAACAUUAUUAUUAUUAUUAUUAUUAUUAAUUAUUAUUAUUAUCGUCAUUAGUUUCUCAUGGUUGUGUGUGUGUUGGCUUUGAUGAAGGGCAGGACAUCAUCUGAAUCCACAUUAAUACACAAAAGGACGCCAAACACCGGCAUAAUGACUAUAGCAAGUAUUUAAAUUAUGCUAAGAAAAUAUUUACAACUUUUUUUUUUCCUUCAGAUUUUGGGAUUGAAAAGCCCUUCUUGUGGAAUAUCGACAAGCUCUUUUAUUAGCGUAGUUUUGUAAAAUAUGCAACUUUCAGCCCAACUUUCUGAGAAGCGGAUUAAAAAAUGUUUGUCGGUUUUUAAAGGAAAACUACAUAGUAUUUUUUUUUUUUUUUUUUUUUUUUUUUUUUUGUCUUGCAGAGUGUGUCCUCUUUCCCUUUAGUAUAUUGGUAUUUUGCUUUCUUGAAUUUUGGUUCCAAAGAAGAGUCAAGCACAUUUUUGAUUUGUGUGUAAACGUAUUUGUAAUUCUAUUGUUUGGUUUUUUUUUAUCAAUAGGUUUUUGAUAUCGUUUGAAGUGGCUCGUUAAUUAUUUCAAAAUGGCUGGAAAUGGAAUUGCAGCAUCCUCUUAUUGCAAUCUAAGACAGCAACGGUUUCUUUAUCUGUGAAAACAUGCAUUUCAUUUUAUUUUUUUUAUUUUUUAUUUUUUUGCAGGACACGCGUUUCAGUAGAUUCUAGGUGCAUGUAAUUGUAAUCUGGUCCAAGACUGAAAACUUUUUGCCAUUUUAAAGCUUCGGAAUUAAUUUCACUUCAGCGUUUUCGUGUGGAUGAGGGGUUGUGUUUCAUUGACACUAAGAGAACUGGCCUGAUGAAAAACUGACCACAGUCUGAACACUAAACCAGACAGCUUUUUUUUUUUUUUUUAUGUUUAAAUGGUACUUGCAGUCUAUGCAUACACUUUACACAGUAUUAUAAGAGAUUAAAAUAUCUCAGUACCUAAAUUCUGAUCUUCUGGCUUUUAAAGAUGCUAUUGGAAAAGAUCCGGCUUGUUUCUCUCUCUCUGUCCCUUGUACGUUUCUCUUGUAGCAGCGGCUCGGAGCUCUUUGAUAUGAGGAGACGGAAUUUUUGCAUGACGUUUGUCUUCUGAUGAUGGAGUGAGAAGUUUGAAAUCCCCUCCAUUCGUGCAGUAAAGGAUUAAAGAUGGCGUCUCUUUUAUUCUUCAUUCUCGCACCUUAUGAAUAUGAUACCUGUUCCGCAUACUCUCCUUUGGUUUACAGUGUAACCGUGUUUUUGAGUUGAACUAUUUCUCUCUACAUAUUCUGAUUCCAUUUGUGAUGUAAUUUGUAUCUGAAUGUCCAUAUAAACUGUUUUUUUAAACAUCA